AAAUCUAGAUAUUGUCGUUUAGCAAUACGGCGCGUAGAUUUUUUUUUGCAUGUGAAAUUACACCCGUACACGUAGGUUACACGUCGCUCAAUGGAAGCAUUUUUCUUAAAACAGAAAAGUCCUUGUGAGUGCCGCUGGCUACCGGGGGGCACUUCUGAUCACGUGACCAUGUUUCCAGGAUAUCAUAGUGGAGGGGAAUAGUGCGCUGACUUGGGCAUGCUCCCUCGAAGGUCUUGUAACUCAGAAAUCGCAACAUUUGUAAAAAAUGUUGAGGACAUCAUUGCAUCAUCCUGUUAAUUUACUAUCAUUGAUUUAUUUAUCAACUAUUUAAAAAAUGCUCAAAGUUUUUGCUAUUCCUUGUUUUAUACAUGCAUUGUGCUGCAGUGACUCCUUAAAACUUUGAGACUGCUAAUCUCUUUUUAGAAGCCGUGGAGGUAAAAUCAUUAAGCUGAUAGAAGAUGCCUACCUCAGGUUCCAUUUCCAUGUAGUUGGCAUGAUACCCUUGACUCACUCGACGGACUGAGGAUCUGUAAGUUUGGAGGAUCCAAAGGAACAGUGUGUCCUGGACCAUGUGGGAUGCUGGCGCAAGGCGCACUUCUUGCUCAUUCACGGCGCAGGGAUUUAUGGAGAGUAUAAUAAAGCGGGUAUGUCCAUGCCUUGGAGCACUAUGAACUAAAGACUAAUCCAUAUAUCUGAAGAGCAUUGGUAAAUGAGCAUCCUGCCACACCAUCUCAGUAGACACCACAUUCAAGGAUGAGAAACAAAUAUGCUAUCCUCAUCAUUUGCGUUGUGGUGCUGGUCAUCAUUGAAAAAGAGAACAACAUUAUUUCAAGGGUUUCAGAUAAGCUGACUCUCAGACAGAUGCUGCAGACGCCCCAGACCAUGGCACAGUUCACAGUGUCUGCUCCUAUUGUCCUGGAGGACAAUGGGUCUGUCUCUCCCACCACCCAGCAGUAUCCUGCAUCCAGCCCAGCAGACGCUGGUGUCCCCAACACCACAGAGGGCAGCGAGGAGGCUCAGGGAGGUCGGAAGCACAUCCUGCUGUUGGCCACCACCAGGACUGGCUCAUCCUUUGUGGGGGAACUCUUCAACCAGCAGGGAGACACCAUGUUCUACCUGUUUGAGCCGCUGUGGCACGUGGAGAGGAAGCUGACCCUUGACACGGGGGUCGUCAACUCCUCGGCCACUUCGUGGGCCUACAAGGACGUCCUCCGGCAGCUGUUCAUGUGCGACUUCAGCAUGCUGGAGCAGUUCAUCAGCCCGCCGCCCCAGGAGCACGUGACCCCGGCCCUGUUCCGCCGCGAGUCAAGCAUGGCGCUGUGUGAGGAGGAGGUCUGCUCGCCGGUGGUGAAGGAGGUGUUUGAGAGGUACCGCUGCAGGAGCCGCCGCUGCGGUCCGCUGAACCUCACGCUGGCCGCGCUGGCCUGUCAGGGCAAGCAGCACCUGGCCAUUAAGACGGUGCGUGUGCGGCAGCUGGACACUCUGAAGCCUCUGGUGGAGGACCCACGGCUGGACAUGAGGUUCAUCCAGCUGGUGCGAGACCCCAGGGCCAUCCUGGCCUCUCGCAUGGUGGCCUUCUCCUCCAAGUACCAGAACUGGAAGGCCUGGGCCGUGAACGGAGAGGUGCCCAUCGAGGACGAGGAGGUGAAGAGGCUGCAGGGGAACUGCAACCAGAUCAAGAUGUCGGCCGAGCUGGGCUUGUCCAGGCCCGAGUGGCUGCAGAGGCGCUACAUGCUAGUGCGCUACGAGGACAUAGCCCGCUAUCCGAUGCAGAAAGCAGCAGAGAUGUACAAGUUUACUGGAAUCCCCUUCACUGUUCAGGCCAAAGAGUGGAUCCUCAGAAACACCCACGCCACCGAGGAGGCCAGCGGCGUGUACUCCACUCAGAAGAACUCCUCGGAGCAGGUGGAGAAGUGGAGGUUCAGCAUCCCGUUCAAAUUAGCCCAGGUGGUUCAGCAGGUGUGUGGACCCACCAUGCAACUGUUUGGCUACAAGUUUGUGAACAGUGAGGAGACACUGGUCAACAAAUCAGUCAGCUUGCUUGAAGAAAGGGAAUUUAAUGUAUAUUAG